GGUUAAAUAAAGGUGAAAUAAAAAAAUAACCAAACGGAAGCAAACAAAGCGAACGAAACGGGGCGGGACCUAAAUUAAUUUGUCCAAUAGAAACUCUCGUUUUAGUUGCAAAACGUUUUCCUUUUGGAGUAAACGGUUUCUGGUGGAAAAAACGUUUUGUAACAGAAUAGGCGUAACGUCAUCUAACUAUACGCACACGCUGUUCGUCAUAGCGCAGACUCCUCCCUCCUGCAGCUCAUUUGAAAGAUGUCACUUGAACCAGCUACUAACUUCUGUUAAGGUCUCCACAAGGAAAUGGCUGAGGGAUUACGUAUUUUUUUCUCUCCAAAUUGUACAGCUCUGACGUUACUUCGUUGAUCAUGGACGCUAAUAUUUUAAAUACACUAGCAUUAUACCAUCGGAUAUGUGUGUUUAAUUUAGUUUAGUCGAAGUCAAUUUGGCCAACAAAACGGGAAAUUAAUCAUUCGGAGAAUCUCACCUCCUCGGACAUGCUGCUGGAAUUCUUCGCUGCCGUUAGUUUACUACCUAGCGAUAACACCGGUUAUCGCCAGUUAGCUAAAUGAUUUGUUAAAGUAAUUUGGGACAGUUAGUAGUGAUAGCUGGUAUUAACUUGAGGGAGGCUUUUUACAACAAUAACUUAUUUAUUGGACGGAAUACGACUAAAGUACAAGGUAAAGGAUAAAACGGGCAACUUUUUCUUGAAGUUGUCUCGAGCGAAAAUGAAAUUUUACCAUAGUUAGCAUCUAACUAGCAAAUUAGCUAACAGUAGCUAGUUGACAGUGACAUCAGUGGAAAUUGGGUAUGGUGUUGCAACGUUGUAACGUUAACGUUACCUACUUUAGAUUUGUUUAUCCAUAUAACUAGCUACAGUAGCUAAUUUAGCAUAGCAAGCUAAUGAUGCGGGAUUCAAACGUGAAUUUCAGUGUUCUCCAUAGAACUUGCAAAUUGGUCGUCCUUCUAUGUUUUCUCCAUAUUUCGGUGACUUUAAUUUUUUACAUGAGGUCGUUAGAUAUUCCAUUUGCGUUUGCACAAAAUCAGCAAGCACACACAGCAAAAAAGCAUGACCAAACUACAUCAAAGGACACCGUACCUGACGUGGUUGAAACGAACCGCUUUUCUGUAGACAACAUGCCACCUAACGUUACAUUCACCAAAUACCUUGGAAAAUGUCCUGACACAUCACCACUGCUUGUGGGCCCACUGCGAAUUGAGUUCUCCAACCCAGUCAGCCUGGAUGUGGUGAGGAAGGAGAACCCAAAUCUUCAGAAUGGGGGGCGCUUCAAGCCCAAAGACUGUGUGGCCCUCCAGAAGGUGGCCAUCAUCAUCCCUUUUCGCAACCGCGACGAGCAUCUCAAGUUCUGGCUGUACUACCUCCAUCCCAUCCUUCAGCGUCAGCAGCUGGACUACGGCAUCUACGUUAUCAACCAGGACGGUGAUGAGAUCUUUAACCGCGCCAAGCUCCUCAACAUUGGCUACAUGGAGGCCCUGAAGGAGUACGACUAUGGCUGCUUUGUGUUCAGCGAUGUGGACCUCAUCCCCAUGGACGACCGCAACACCUACAAGUGCUUCAGCCAGCCCAGGCACCUGUCUGUCUCCAUGGAUAAGUUUGGCUUCAGGUUGCCGUACAACCAGUACUUUGGAGGCGUGUCAUCAAUGAGCAAGGAGCAGUUCCUCAAGAUCAACGGCUUCCCCAACAACUACUGGGGCUGGGGAGGGGAGGAUGACGACAUUUACAACAGGCUGAGCUCCAAGGGGAUGACCAUCUCACGGCCCAGCGGCGCCGUGGGGAAAUGCAGGAUGAUCCGCCACAACCGGGACGGUGGGAACGAAGACAACCCUCAGAGGUUCGACCGCAUCGCCCACACCAGGGAGACGAUGAACAAAGACGGCAUCAAAACCCUGUCGUAUAAAGUGGUCAAAGUGGAGAAGGAUCAAUUAUAUACCAAAAUCACUGUGGACGUGGGGAAAAAAUGACUCGGAAAGCCAAUAAAAACAUGAACAGCCUUGACAACCAAUUUGUGGCUGUGGUGGAUGCAGUAACCAAAUGUGCCUUGAUAAAUUAUGAUAUAUGCCUUGGACUCUUUGGACUACAGAGAAUGACUGAUCUGAUUAGCAAACAAAUGUUCCCUUUAUUUUCGGCCUUUGCACAUCCGAUGGUGAAUUGAACUGGGAUUCCAGCGUUUUCUUCAUAGGAUCCAUAAAUCAUUGACACCAGGAAUGACCGUUGACAUUCAGCACAUUGACACACUCUUGGUGUCCUAUUGGGCUGGUACGCCCCCCACUCUCUUUCUGAAGACGGCUGCUGAGAUUAAGUCCUUUGUGAGCCAUUUUGUCUUGAGGGGAGGUUGUGAAAUGUUUAAUUGAUCGUCCUAUGCAUCGGGGACUCUCAAAUAGUUAAUUUUGUCAUAUGCCUAUCUCUUUGUAGUACUGUUGAUGUUGUCUUUUGGGUUCAUAUUGGGAUCAUUUUAGUUUUCUGUCACUUUCGGGGGAUUUCUUGCUAUUCCUUUUGAUGCCUCUGCUGAUCGAGCGGGGUUUCAACCCAUCCAAUGCCAAGAGCUCAGGCCAAAGAUGGAACUCUACAAUUUGAAGUUCAAUAAUAAACCAAGUCACUUUUUUUUGUUCAAAGACAACCAAACAACUAUCUUGAAAGAUUUUUGUACUUUGGGAUAUGUUCAAAACCUUUUGAUGGAGCAUCAAAGGGCCUAGAACUCCAAAAACAGGUUGUUGAAAAGGCCAAAUCCCAUUAUAUUUAUAUUCUAAUUCUCACCACUAAGGGGUCCUUAAGGGUAUUUUAACUAUGUGAAAAGCUCUAUCUUGAAAGUGUAUCCGCUGAAGCUCCCUUCCCUGUGAAGAGCACCAUUCCAGGUAGCUUAUAAGGAGGCCUCUUCCUGGUGGAAAAGAGGUACCUGAAUGUAUUUGCCUGGUGGUGUUGAGAGUGUGUGCCCUGAGGUAAAAUGCUACCAUUCUGUUGUCUGUCACAAGUGUCUGGUGUUCUACCUGGUCUAAGACAGGGGGUUCUACGCAGAAUAAUAAUCCUAUUGUAGUCAGUGUAUGUCUAACGAAGUGUAAAGGUUAGAAAAACAAGCAUUUUGCAUCCUCAAUACGUAGUAAUCAAACACCCUCAAAGACAUCAGCAUGUUCUUAAACUGGACGGUCACCAUGUCCUCCUCACAGGUCCUUAAAGAUCCUCAUAUACAGUGAAAACGACUCAAGAUUGUGAGCUUUGGGGCAUGACAUUGCACAAGUAAAGUUAGUAACUCAAUCUUAUUGAGGAAAAAAGCCAUUGAGAUUUCUGACUUGUGACUGGAUAGAGCAGAUUAAUUGUGCUGUCCAUACUUAGGCUUACAUGUUUGCCAUUCCUCUCCUGACUGCUUCUUAAUUAUAUCAGUGCUGGUGUCUGGAGAGACUAUGAAAUGACUGCAAUUUCUGCCUUACCGAAAUAAACUUGAAAAUAUCUA